AUGCAGCCACUGGUGCCGCCUGUUCCAGGGCCCUUGGCCCUGCUGGACACCACAGGCUUUGCAAAGAGGAAGAGGACGGCCCAGUGUUUUGUGGGCUCCCUGCUGGCAGUGUCCACGCUCAUAGUGACAAUCGGCCUCGCAGCCACCACCAGGACGGAAAACGUGACCGUGGGAGGCUACUAUCCUGGCAUUAUUCUGGGCUUCGGGUCUUUCCUGGGACUCGUGGGCCUCACCUUGGUGGAGAACAGACGACAAAUGCUGGUGGCGGCCAUCGUGUUCAUCAGCUUUGGGGUAGUGGCUGCCUUCUGCUGUGCCGUGGUGGAUGGGGUCUUUGCUGCCAGACACAUCGAGCCAAGGCCGCUGACCACCAGCCGGUGCCAGUUCUACUCCGGCGAGUCGGGACACUUUUAUGAUGUCCACCACACGGAGGUCACGUGCUACUCACUGAGUGGUCAGUGCCAGCUGAGGGUGAGGAGCAACACCUGCUACUGCUGUGACCUGUACACCUGUGACAGCUCCUCCCCAGUGCCUGUCUACCACGAGUUUUUGGGUGUGCGCGGCUGCCAGGAUGUGCUGCACCUGUACCGGCUACUUUGGGUGUCCACAGCGCUCAAUGUGCUGGGCUUGCUGCUGGGCAUCAUCACAGCUGCUGUCCUUGGGGCUUUCAAGGACAUGGUGCCGCUGUCCCAGCUGGCCUAUGGCCCAUCUGCCUCACCCCCCGCCAUCUACAACCCGGCCCAGCAGCUCCUGGCGUUCCCAGGCUUGUGCUCACCACCUGCCACCCUCCCCACCUGCUCCACCUACCCUCUGCCACUUCAGGCGUGCAGCCGCCUUGCAGCCACAUCUCUGUCAGAGGCCCAGGGCGGCCGGAGCGACCUCCCUCCCCAGGCCCCGCCGCUCCGCUCUGCCGCCUCCUUUCUCCCCGGAGAGAAACCUCCUCCCUAUGCUCCCUGA